CCUGGGCGGCAGUUUCGGAAGGCAGACGGACCCUCCGGAGCGGGUGGUCACCCCGGCAGGAGCGGGCACUUACCGAGCACCUUUUAAGCGCCGUCUCGUGUAUCCCUCGCGACGUGGGGUGCCAUCCCAUUAGGUAGGCGAGAAGGCUGAGGUCCGGGCUCGGAUGCUGAACGGCCCGAGUGUAAAGUCGGUAAUUCAGCAGAGGCCCAGGCCAGGUAACUUCACGGAAGGAACCUCUGAGAUGCAAGGAGGGGCUGGGACAACUUCAAAACAGUAGCAGUUAUUACAAUUUUGUUUUUCAAAAUGUAGGAAGCAGAUUUUAAAUGUUUAAAAUUAGAAUGCCCGUGUCGUUGGCGAUGCUUCUGCGAUGCCCUACGCAUGGGCAUCGCUCCGAAGGCGCUCACUUCGCAGGACGUCGCCGUAGCAGCGGGGCAUUUGGGGGUUUUUCUCCAACACUUUCUUCCCCUCAUCUUUCUCUGUUCUUUAUUACGACUGGAUUAAAGCUACUUAAUUUGAAUGUCAUACAUGAUUUUUCUGUCCCUUUUGUGAAAUUUCGGGGUGGCAAAGCUGACAGUCUGCCUCUCAUCCUAACAAGAUACGCAGAAUUUCCAUCGAAGACAUCUUGGAGCACUCAUGGCCUAAAGGGAACAACUCAAAACAAGCUAUAAUUCCUAUAAAGAUCACUUUACUAUUGCGAACGUCAGCAAAUCAAACGUCUACAAACACUAGAAUCAAUCUUACUUCGGCAUAACUUUUGAUUUCUUAGUAAACAUUAACUCCCAAAGAUACAUGUUCUUCUAAAGUUGUUUUAAUAUUCAUGUCUACUCUCAGCCUACUUCUUUGCUUAUUUAAUUGAAGAUUCAUAAUUAUUUUAAUAGGUAAAAUUGACAGUUUACAUUUCAAUAAAACUAUAGCUUAUUACUUUAGUAAUACAGACCGCUAACAUUUACAUUUUUUUUAAACACAGUAAACAGUUUACUCCGUUCCGUCUAGGGCGCUUACCGAUAUUUGAAAACGAACGUUUCCGUACUAUGAAUCUGAAGGACCUGGCUUGACUGAUGAGACGCGAUGGUGACCUCUGUGAUCCCACACUCAUCACACAGGUUCAGGGUUGCCAGAAAUGUUGACCUGGUACUCUUCCCUACCUCGUCUCCAAAGGCCAGUGCUGGCUGGCUGUCAGAUGUUGGUCACAUACAGACACUAAGUUUGGAGCAUGCGUGCUGUGACCUUCCGCGGACAGCGCCGCCAGCCCCUUCGUGCCAGGAAGUCAGUGGUCCAGCGUGGUUCUGUUAGUUUUCCCAUUCUCAUUGUCUUUCUCCACUUCUGCUCCUUCGAAGUGCUUCUUGGUUGAACAGUCUGUAAUUUUGCUACACAGUAAUUUCUCACGUUUCCUCCAUGAGUAAGUUCGCUUUGGUUUCUACGGCCCAACCAUAAAGUGUGGUCCUCGGCAGGUAAAACCUGUGAGGUCUGUGCCGAGCUCAGCGGUUACUCCAGUGGGCCGAAUGUCCGUUCUGGCAGCUCUGUGCGCACAUCAGCUCCUACAAAGUCCCGGGCUUUGCCAGCUGACUCGCUGUGCACAGUACCCGGUGGCGCUUCAUUUUCUUUGGACAACUCGGUGGCGGUUAGUUUGCUCCAGAGCUUCCUGGCCCGGCCCACCUACACCGGUCACCGUCCUCCUCGCCCCCACAGAGGCCGAGCAACGUGGUUUUCGGCGUUGUUGAGGGAAACGGCCAUUUGUCCACGGGUAUAUGGCGAGGUGACACAGGCACCAGGACUGGGGAGCAAGUCUUCAGACUCUUGAUAGCCAGCACUGGCCGUUCGGGUGAGAAAAGUUGGCCCGUUGGGGAAGGGAGAUCGCGUUCUGUUGGCACGGUUUCCUGGUGGAGCCUGUCUUAGUCCCAGACCAAGUUCACGUGCUCCAGAGGCAUACGUCUGCAUCUUCUUAUAAAAUAGGGUCACGGGGCUUUUAAAUAAUCAAGUUUUUCUCAUGUUACUUUCCUCUUGUUGCAUAGAAUGGGAUGGAAAAAAGACUUGUUUUUCUGUGGAGCUUUAUUUCUUCAUUGUUCCUGUCCUUUAAAAAAAGGCAUCUAAAUGUCCACUGUUGAUUAUCAGCAGUGAGAACAUGACUAUCGGGUGAAAAGUGGUGCCAAGCUCUAGAACUAAGAGGUUUUUUCUUUUUAAACACGUACACACUUUAAAAUAUAAAUUGCUUUUUAAUUGAAGUGUAAUAGACAGAUAACGUUAUAUGUUUCUGGUGUACAACAUAAUGAUUCAAUAUUUGUAUGUUGCCAAAUGAUCACCACAAUAAGUUACCAUCCGUUACCAUCCAUAGUUAAAAAUGUAUUUUUUCUUGUGAUGAGAACUUUUAAGAUCUCUUAGCAACUUUCAAAUAGUCAAUACAAUAUUGUUAAGUACAGUUAACCUUAAGUACAGGAUUCUGGAGAGUAGGUCCUUUAGAAAGGACAGAUGUGGCUGUGGUUUUGGCUGAUUGACUCACGCGUCUGAUUCUGUGACUCUCCUUCCUUUCCGGUCCAUGGUAUUCUGAUUCCCAGGUACCAGUCUGCAAAGGCUGCCGUGACAAAAUGCCACAGGCGAGCAGCCUGAACAACAGACAUUCGUUUUCUCACAGUUCCGGAGGCUGGAAGCCUGACACUAAGGUGUCAGCAGCAUUGGUUUCUUCUGAGGCCUGUCCCCGUGGCUGUAGACGGCCGUUGUCUGCGGUCCUGCCCGCACCCCCACUCCGACCUCUCUCUUCUCAUAAGGACACCAGUCGCAGUGGGUACUGGGCCAACUUAAAGUUAUGGUUCAAGCAGAAAAUCAGCAAAGAGGAGUUCGACCUGGAAGCCCACAGACUUCUCACUCAGGACAACGUCCAUUCCCACAAUGAUUUCCUCCUGGCUAUCCUCACGCGGUGUCAGAUUUUGGUGUCCACACCAGAGGGUGCUGGAUCUUUGCCCUGGACAGGGGGUUCUGCAGCCAAGCCGGGGAAACCCAAGGGAAAGAAAAAGCUUUCUUCGGUUCGUCAGAAAUUUGAUCAUAGAUUCCAGCCUCAAAAUCCCCUCUCGGGAGCCCAGCAGUUUGUGGCAAAGGACCCCCAGGAUGACGAUGACUUGAAACUGUGCUCGCACACAAUGAUGCUUCCCACACGGGGCCAGCUGGAAGGGCGGAUGAUCGUGACGGCUUACGAGCACGGGCUGGACAACGUCACCGAGGAGGCCGUGUCAGCCGUGGUCUACGCGGUGGAGAAUCACCUUAAAGAUAUAUUGACAUCAGUUGUGUCAAGAAGGAAAGCGUAUCGGUUACGUGACGGUCAUUUUAAAUAUGCCUUUGGCAGUAACGUGACCCCGCAGCCAUACCUGAAGAAUAGUGUAGUAGCUUACAACAGCUUGAUAGAAAGCCCUCCAGCCUUCUCUGCGCCCUGUGCUGGCCAGAACCCGGCCUCCCACCCGCCCCCCGACGACGCCGAGCAGCAGGCGGCCCUCCUGCUGGCCUGCUCUGGGGACACCCUCCCUGCGUCCUUGCCUCCCGUGAACAUGUCCGACCUCUUCGAGGCUUUGCAGGUGCACAGGGAGGUCAUCCCCACGCACACCGUGUACGCGCUCAACAUCGAAAGGGUCAUCAUGAAGCUCUGGCAUCCGAACCACGAGGAGCUGCAGCAGGACAAGGUCCACCGCCAGCGCCUGGCAGCCAAGGAGGGGCUCCUGCUCUGCUGAGCCGGGCUCUGGGCGUGCGGCCCCCGGCAGGUUAGCCACUGAGAGUAGGCUGUUUGGGGAACACCGAGGUGACUGGUAUAAACAGAACCCUUCCUGUGGAAAUGCGACGUCGAACGCUUGGCCUUCGCUGCUGUGAAGCCACCGAUGCACUCGGGUUCGGACAGUGACCCAUGUCCGCAUCGCACGCGUGUGUUCUCGCUUCGGGGAGCAGAACGGGCCCUGACAGAACCUCCUGGAGCGGAGACGUUCGGGCCCCUGAGGGUCGGUGUCCUGUGGUCUGCACGUGAGGCAGGUGACGUCCCAGAACACAGCAGCUCUAAGAACUUCAUCCCCGUGGUCACAGGACAUCCGUGGGUUUAGCGACGUCCUAUGUUCUGUAUCCGGCAAGUCUCAGUUUCUGCCUUUCUCCUGAAGAACUGUGUCCUUAUAUUUUGGUUGAAGCAACCCUCAGUGUUAAAAAUCAGAUACCUCCUUCAAUGACCUGUUUAAUUUUGAACAGAUUUAGGUAUCUCCCUAAAAAUCCAUUACAGUUUCAUAGAAAACAUGACUUAGAAACACUGUGCUAUUAAAGUCCUUUUCUUUGCAUUAAAAAAUAUCGAAACAAAAUUCUUGGAAUGUAAUUAAUAACCUUAUAAAAUGUCUUCUCGUAACUCGUUUCUGUCAUAGAGUGAAUGUGCCCAAAGACUUUGAUCCCCAGGUUCAUCUGUUGAUUAUUCUUGUAGAAUGUUUUAAGAAGUCCAUGUGAACGUGUUGCAUUUAUAUUUGGUAAUUGCCGAUUCCUAUGAAAUAUGUUUCUCCCCUUUCAAAUGAUAAAGCGAAAAUGAUUUAUGUUUGGCAGUGUUACUAAGAACCAAGUUUGUUUCUUUAAAGAUAAUGUUACUUUUCACUUAAGAGAGUGCUGGUGGGUUUGCAGUUGACCCUUGAACAGCGCAUGGGUUAGGGGUGUCGACCCCAGGCGAGGUCCAACCGUGUAUAACUUGACUCCUCAAAAACUUAGUUGUCCCCCUGUAUCUGCAGGGGAUUGGCUCCAGGAGCUCCCACUGAUACAAACCCCAUGGAUGCCCGAGUCCCCUGUCACGUGGUGUAGAACAAGGCAUGCAGCUGGCCCUGCGUGGCCUCGGACUCCUGACCGCCAGCCAAGACCGGUGCCGCGUAGAAAAGUCCACGUAGAAGUGGACCCACCAACUCGAACCCGCGUUAUUCCAGGGUCACCGUGCUAGCGUGGUCUUCUGUAGCUUGAAUAACAUGUAUAAAGCUGUACAAAUGGUUCGGUAUCUGGAUCUGUGUAUUUGAUUUUGUACUUUAAAUGUGACAAAUAAACCUUUUGGGGGAAACCUUUAUUAAACAGA